GGGCACCGGAGACGCACCAGCGUGCGGGACAACGGAGACAGAGGAGCUAUCCAGAGGACGCAUCCAGUACCCGCUCUCGGUUUUUAACCCCUCUUUUCAUCUUCCACUGGAGCAAGUGUUGCAGUUUUAUUCCGACCUUCCCGUUUCGGUCGACCCUACCGCGUCCGACUCGUUCGCAGCCAGUGCUUCGUUGGAGAUGUCCAAAAAAAGACCAGCCGAGCCGGAGUCCCGGGUGAAACAACAAGCUACUCUGGGCAACAUGACUCGCCUCCCUUGUUUCACCCCAAAGUCUGUAGAAUGAAGACGGCUUGAGUAAAGUCAAAGCAGCGCGCAAAAGAUGUCGGUGCCUUUGCUGAAGAUCGGCGUCGUGCUCAGCACCAUGGCGAUGAUUACCAACUGGAUGUCGCAGACCCUCCCCUCUCUGGUGGGGCUCAAUACUACCAAGCUCACGGCUGCACAGGGAGGGUAUCCAGAUCGGAGCACAGGAGUGUUGCCAGCAAACCCAGAGGAUGCAUGGCAGGUGUACAGUUCCGCCCAGGAUAGUGAGGGAAGGUGUGUCUGCACCGUGGUGGCGCCUCAGCAGUCCAUGUGCUCAAGGGAUGCCCGCACCAAACAACUGAGGCAGCUGUUAGAGAAGGUCCAGAACAUGACCCAGUCCAUCCAGGUGCUGGACCAGCGGACCCAGAGGGACCUGCAGUAUGUGGAGAAGAUGGAGGUCCAGCUCCGCGGUCUGGAGACCAAGUUCAGGCAGGUGGAGGAGAACCACAAGCAGAACAUCGCCAAGCAAUACAAGGCCAUAAAAGCGAAAAUGGAGGAGCUUAGACCGUUGAUACCAGUGUUGGAGGAGUACAAAGCCGAUGCCAAAUUGGUAUUGCAGUUUAAGGAGGAGGUCCAGAAUCUGACGUCAGUUCUAAGCGAACUUCAGGAGGAGAUGGGGGCCUAUGACUACGAGGAGCUCCACAACAGAGUGUCAAAUCUUGAGGAGAGACUCCGAGCAUGCAUGCAAAAAUUAGCAUGUGGCAAACUGACGGGCAUCAGUGAUCCCAUCACCAUCAAGACGUCUGGAUCCAGGUUCGGCUCCUGGAUGACUGACCCCUUGGCGCCUGAAGGGGAUACACGGGUCUGGUACAUGGAUGGUUACCAUAACAACCGCUUUGUGAGGGAGUACAAGUCGAUGCAGGACUUCAUGACGUCAGACAACUUCACGUCCCACCGGCUGCCCCACCCUUGGUCAGGCACAGGACAGGUGGUCUACAACGGCUCUAUCUACUUCAACAAAUUCCAGAGCCACGUCAUCAUCAAGUUCGACUUCCGCACUUCCUCCAUCAGCAAGUCCCGGCAGCUUGACUACGCCGGCUUCAAUAACGCGUAUCACUACGCUUGGGGCGGCCAUUCUGACAUUGACCUGAUGGUUGACGAGGGAGGCCUGUGGGCUGUCUACGCCACCAACCAGAACGCGGGCAAUAUUGUCAUCAGCAAGCUGAACCCCAACACACUGCAGAUCAUCAAGAGCUGGACCACCAACCACCCCAAAAGGAGUGCCGGCGAGUCUUUUAUGAUCUGCGGCACGCUCUAUGUCACCAACGGGUAUUCAGGAGGCACGAAGGUCUACUACGCCUACUCCACCAACUCCUCUACGUACGAGUACAUCGACAUUGCCUUCCAGAAUAAGUACUCGCAUAUCUCCAUGCUGGACUACAACCCGCGUGACCGUGCCCUCUAUGCCUGGAAUAAUGGCCACCAGGUUCUCUACAAUGUCACGCUGUUCCACGUAAUCCGUUCAGAAGAACUGUAAUCACGGAAAAUGGAUUACAUACGUAAAUACUUAUUGUCUGUGUAGAGAUCUCCCUAUAUACAAAAAUAUAUCUGUGAAAGAAAAAGACUCCAUGGCAAGACCAUUCUAUUUAUAAUAUCAAAUAACUUUUACCGAGAGACUGUAUCAACAGUGAAUGCAAAGUGGAUUGAAUGUGCAUAUACAUGACACUGAAAAAAAAAAUUGAAGGGUUUCAUUCCAAAAUGUGAUAUAUUUGUUAUAUAACAAAAAAGAAGUUUUAUCAGUUAAAAUCACAAAAUCACAACUAUUGUUAGAAAAAUGAACAGUUUUGUAAAUAAGGUCUGAACAUGACUUCUAACUUCAAUAGUUACCCAUAGUAGACUUUAUUUUAAUAGCUGCCAUCAUUUUGUUAAAGGUACUUGAGUUUGGAAUGAAACUCUUUAAUUGUUUGCCGCAUAGAAAAUGAUUGUACAAGUAGACUAUAUAUCAGAUUUAAAAGAAUAAGAACAGAUGCCAAAAAAAAAAAAAAAUUACAUCACGCCUUUUUUUUAUAUAAUGGAGUACCAUUCUAAGCUCAUUCCCGAGGCUCCGGUUCUUCUGCAGAAAUCCUCCCUGCUGAACUUUUCUUUUGGUCGAUGGGGGUCCUGAAACGAAGACUGUUGGUAAUAAACUUUUGGAUCCCCGGGUCCCAUGGACAGACAGAAAAGUGGGAGGCCAGUCUAGUCAGAAGACUUGAUAGCCUAACGGGUGCAGUCUGUCAUAUCGUUUUUAUCAAGUACAGUAGCAAAUCAAAAGUCUGUAGAGAACAGCAACAACAAUAACAACAUCCACUAAAAGACCUGAAGGCACUGACUGUUGACAGCACUGUUGUUUGAGAUGAUUUUCCUGUGUUAGUGACUAUGUGUGAAAAAGGCUUUCUUUGCAUGAGUGUUUUCUAUCACUCCAGUCUGCUCUUAUGAAUGUCUUUUGCUGUAUGAUACUAUUAAAAAAAAAAGGAGGGAGGGAUGUUGGGUGGGAGGGGGAACAAGAAAGAAUACCUUUGGGAUUUGCAAAAAUAUUUACUUUUUUCCCCCCCGCUUCUUUCUAUUUAGUUCUAGUUUUGUUUUUUUAUUUUUUUGCGAUCAUUUUAUUUCUCAAAUGUUCUUGUAUCACUGUAAUGUUGGCACCGGUUUUGCCUCUCUGUAUUUGUUUAUUUGGACUGCGUGGGAGGAAUCUAUCUAGCUCACAUCUCUCUGAAAAAAAAACAAAAAACAGAAUGUAUCAAGUAUUUUAUCCUGGGAAUCAGGUUCUCCUAUCUUCAAUUCACAUUAUGCGCCUGUAGUUGGGAGAGGUUUUUUUUUUUUUAGAGGAUAAUCCCGUCUCGUCAUGUAUCUCCCCACUGUUAGUGAAGGAAAAUGCUGUUUAAAUGUAUACCCUUGCAGAGGACAAAAGCUUUUCACUCUUUUUGCGCUUUGCUGGACAUGUGUUGUAUCUGAGAUGAGAUAGUUAAUGAUUCGUGUCAAUAAAACAGAGAAAUCUGACGAUCGGGUUGUUGCCUUGCAAAAAGCUACAAGCUGCCAUGUUACACCACAUUUAGUGUAUGACUGAUCAUAGAGAGAUACCUUUUACAUCACCCUUCCUCAGUUAAAUUCACUCAGGGGUUUUAUGGCUAUAGCCUUACUUCGUCUAGUGUGACCAGUAACUGAUGGCUGAUGUUUGCAUUUUUAGCUGGAUUGCCACUUGUGCCACACUGUCUGCCGUUCUGUGAAAGUUACAUAUGCUCGCUUUAAGGUUUUAAAAAUAGAUAAAAUGUCUGACCUCAUACAGAUUUCAGUAUCACUGCUGUCAUUUUUCAACAUGAUCAUGAUAAAAACAUUGCUAAAAAACAUUUAUUUUUCCAAGGAUUUUGUUUGUCCCAAUCCAACACUGUUAUCACCUUGAAUAACUCCUAUUUGUGUUUAUUUUCCAUCACUUGACAUGUCUCUUAUUUGUGUGUUUUGAUUACUUGUUAUUAUGGCAAAAUGGUCCACUUUUUGUUCACUCAACA